UCCUUGGGUUGUUUUGUUGGAAAUAUGACUGAGGUAAGCGCGGAAGCAACUGCUUCUGCUGACGAGUACGAACAUAGCAUACCGGAUGUUAUGUACAUAGUAAAUAAUAUACCAGGGCCUGGUAUAGAUGUAACAGACUUCGAAGCAGAAUAUUCCGUAGGUUGUUCGUGUAUGACUGAGUGUUAUAAUAAUUGUUCAUGUACACGUAACUCCGCUAAUUAUUUUAAUGGUCGAAUUGUCAACGAAAAAUUGACCGGUCCGGUGUUUGAGUGUAAUGCGCAUUGCAAGUGUGGACCAAAUUGUGGAAAUAGAGUAAUACAGAACGGUCCAUUGAACUGUUUAAUUGUUAAGGAAGUUGCUGGUAAAGGUUUUGGUCUUUUCACGACAAAAUUGAUAAGAAAGAAUCAAUUUAUUUGCGAGUAUGCUGGUGAAGUGACAGACUUGCAAGAGGCGCGACGUAGAAUUGAAGCUAAUAAGCGGAUUAAUGCGAUGAAUUACGUCCUUGUGGUGUCAGAACACGUUGGCGAUCGUGUUAUCGUAACCUGUAUAGAUCCGAAGUACUUCGGUAAUAUUGGACGCUAUGCUAAUCAUAGCUGCAAUCCGAAUUCUAGCCUCGUCCCAGUAAGAGUGGAAGGAAUUGUUCCUCGAUUAUGCUUGUUCGCGUCUAGGGAUAUAGCAGUUGGAGAAGAGGUGACUUUUGACUAUGCUGGUGGUGCGAUGGCUAAUUCCGUCCAUUAUCUCAGCGAUACUUCUUGUCUCUGUGGUUCUAACAAUUGUUUCCGUUAUUUACCACAUACUCAGAUUUAACAGAAUGAGAUAUCUCUGUGCAAAUGUUAUAAUAUAAAAACAGGGAUACAGAUCAAGCUUGACGUUCUAAAUUAACAAAGAUUAUAUAAAAACUGAUAUAACCGUUUUAAAACUAUUACAAAAAUCAAGACAUCACAGAUCAAAAUCACUGUACAUGUAUACAAAUAUAGUAUUUUUAUUUCGUGCUUAUGGAUGGGAGGCAGAGGAAAGUUGGGAAGAAAUGAGAAAAGAGGUGUUAGUAAGGUACUUUAUAUAAGUUAGUAUGUAAGCUAGAUUUAAGAAGCAGAAGUAUUUUUAACCCCAAGAGGAACAAUAAAAAGUUCUAUUUUAUUUCUUA